AGAGUUAGGAGAAAAUAUAGGAAACAUGGCCCAUUUUCUAACUGGAUUCAACCUAAUGGUAGCUGUUUAUAUCCUUACCAGAAUAAUAUCCGGCAGAGAAACAAAUGUUAGGCUCAGGAAUGGAUUAUCAGAAUUAGAAGGCAGAGUUGAGAUUCUCAUCAAUGGAACUUGGGGUACUAUUUGUGAUAAGAACUUUAAUUUCAAUGAUGCCCUCGUUGUAUGUCGAAGUUUGAACUUCAGUGGAGCCCUUGGUACCACAUCGCAGUCCGAGUUUGGACCGAGUUUAGGAAAGAUUCACUCGGAUAUUUUACGAUGUAAUGGGACAGAAACUGACAUCUUAGAAUGCUUGAGGACUAAUUCUGACCCCCAAACAAAAUGCUCCUCGUCCCAUGAAGCUGGUGUUAGAUGCUCAGACUGUAGAGAUGUCAAUCCUCGGUGCCAAUCAUGGGCCAACCAGGAUGCUUGUGAAUCAUACCCAGGAGAGGUUUUGCCUGUCUGCCAAUUAAGCUGUGACCAGUGUAAUACAACUGUUAUAAAUGAUUCAGCUUCUUACCUGUCUAUGAAUGAAACAUGUGUUGCUGGGCAUUGCUAUCUGGAUUCUAACAAUGCUUAUAGAUGCAUACCAGCUGUGGAAUUAUGUGUUACAGUCGGAUGGUACCAAGGGCUCAUAUGUAUACCUACACCGACAAGUCCCACCCCUUCAUCUGUCCGAUGCAUGCAUUUUGAGGAGCGUGAACAGACCAACCUAGAUGCCCUGGCAGUAAAACACAAACUGAGUUUUACAAUAAGUGGUCUCGCCUAUACUACAUCGACAGUAGACCAAGAUAUAGUUUUCACUGUAGAUCGAAUGUAUCGCAUCUUCGACCAACUGACGAAUGAAGGGCUCACGCCGCGGCAAAUAUACGAUCGUCAGAGACAGGUUAAAGUAUUGUGA